GUGACGUCUGCUCUGUGUGUAAACAGCCGUUGAGACAUUUAAACACUCAGCUGUCAGAGAGGACACGAAGCGAGCUCGCUGUAGACUUGUGGACUUUGAGCUAUUAUGCAGCAUGACUCCACGAGGACCUCGCCCGUGUUUCUCCUCUUUGAGAGGAAACCCACCACCAUGAAAUCCCCCGCCGCCACGCCGACUCCAAACUUUGCCGAAGCUCUGCCGACGGAAAUGAGCGUGAAGAUCUUCGGCGAGCUGGACGCCGAGAGCCUGUGCAGCGCCUCCAGGACCUGCAAGCUGUGGCAUCACAUCAUCGAGGAGAGCGAUCAGCUGUGGAGGAGGCAGUGCCUGCUGGUCCGAGCUGUGUGUCAGAGAGAGGUCGACAGUGACAGGAGAGACGGGAUGUCCUGGAAGGUGACUCUGGUGAGGAACUACACCCGCAGCUGUGUGAAGAGGGACUGGCUGAUGGGACGGUACAGCCACGUGAGCUCAGCGGAUGAGCUGACGGGGCGCACCAUGACGCCGCUGGACGCUGAGACGUGGGGGGAGAUUCUACAGGCCGAGCUGGACAGAUGACUGAAGACGACCAUCGCUGCCUCACUCAGGACUUUUCUAAACCCACUUGAACCACAUCGGAUUUAUUACGCUAAUAUAUGUUUUAUACCUUUAUGUUUUAUGUGAACUCUCACAAUAAUUGUACAUAUUUUAAAUACUUUUUUAAGAAAAAAGGAUCAUGGAGUGUUAAAUAUGAACAGGACUGUCUGACAUUAAUGAUUUUUAUUAAGCUGUAUUAUUGUUUCCAUGUAAAUAUGACUGAGAUGCAAUAAACCACAUCAGUGUGA